AUGGCUCCUCCAAAGCUCAACGGGCAGCUCCCGUACCAAAGCUGCAGACGUUUGUUCCAGCAACAAGCUCUGUCGAGACGAACCUUUACGACAUCUUCCCCAUCCUUCUCGGACGUGCCCAAGCAGACGUCGAGAUUCGCGAAAAAGACAGAACCCCAGGUCCCUCCCGUCGACCAAACCCAGCCGAAGCCGAAUGUUGUGGUAAACCCACCAGCCGCACCGACAGCCGUGCCGAAACCGUCUGCUGUGCGCCGCCCUGGCGUUGGGACACCUACAAUGGAGCCAAAGCAGCCGGUGGACAUCAACAGCAAGGAGUACAAGCGUGUGGCGAGAAAGGUCACGAGCCUCAUGGUUGCGCUGCCCUUCUUGAUUGUCACAUCGUACUACCUCUGGGACCGACUCUCUCUUGGCAGGCCAGUCCCUCCUCCGUCCGGUGAUGCCUCCUCCGCUCCGUCCUCUGAGCCCAAGAAAGCGUAG